CGGCGGCGGGCGGAGCGCUUCGGGCGGCGCACAGAGCGAAGAUGGCGGCGGAGCGGCAGGACGCGCUGAGGGAGUUCGUGGCGGUGACUGGGGCCGAGGAGGACCGGGCCCGCUUCUUCCUCGAAUCGGCCGGCUGGGACCUGCAGAUCGCCCUAGCAAGCUUUUAUGAGGAUGGAGGGGACGAAGACAUUGUGACCAUUUCGCAGGCAACCCCCAGUUCAGUGUCCAGAGGCACAGCCCCCAGCGAUAAUAGGGUGACAUCCUUCAGAGACCUCAUUCAUGACCAAGACGAAGAGGAGGAGGAAGAGGAGGGCCAGAGGUUUUAUGCUGGGGGCUCAGAAAGAAGUGGACAGCAGAUUGUUGGCCCUCCCAGGAAGAAAAGUCCCAACGAGCUGGUGGAUGAUCUCUUUAAAGGUGCCAAGGAGCAUGGAGCUGUGGCUGUGGAACGAGUGACCAAGAGUCCCGGAGAAACCAGUAAACCGAGACCUUUUGCAGGGGGUGGCUAUCGCCUUGGGGCAGCACCAGAGGAAGAGUCUGCCUAUGUGGCGGGAGAAAGGAGGCGGCAUUCCGGCCAGGAUGUUCACGUAGUGUUGAAGCUCUGGAAGAGUGGGUUCAGCCUGGACAAUGGUGAACUCAGAAGCUACCAAGACCCGUCCAAUGCCCAGUUUCUGGAGUCUAUCCGCAGAGGGGAGGUGCCAGCAGAGCUGCGGAGGUUAGCUCAUGGCGGGCAGGUGAAUUUGGACAUGGAGGACCAUCGGGAUGAGGACUUUGUGAAGCCCAAGGGAGCCUUCAAAGCCUUCACUGGCGAGGGUCAGAAACUGGGCAGCACGGCCCCCCAGGUGCUGAAUACCAGCUCUCCAGCCCAACAGGCAGAGAAUGAAGCCAAAGCCAGCUCUUCGGUCUCAAUCGACGAGUCCCAGCCCACCACAAACAUCCAGAUACGGCUCGCUGACGGCGGGAGGCUGGUGCAGAAGUUUAACCACAGCCACAGGAUCAGCGACAUCCGACUCUUCAUCGUGGACGCCCGACCGGCCAUGGCUGCCACCAGCUUUGUCCUCAUGACUACCUUCCCGAACAAAGAGCUGGCUGACGAGAGCCAGACCCUGAAGGAAGCCAACCUGCUCAACGCCGUCAUCGUGCAGCGGUUAACAUAACCGCC